AAGAGAGGGGAACACAAAAAGGAAAUAAACGAGAGAGAUGAGAGAGUCUCUGUCUGUCUGUAGGUAGAGAAAGUAAAAGAAAAGGAAAACGAGUUGUCUCUCUGAGUCGACUCACCGAGUCUAGCUGUCGAAAGAGGAAGCAGCAAAAACCGAUAAAAAAGGGAUCUUUGAGAUUUUUUUUUUUUUUUUCCUUUUGGUAUUUCUUUUUUUGUAUGUGUGUGUGUGUGGGUUGGUGUUGAAAUAGCAAAAAAAUGGUGAACGAAGAGAUAAUUAGUCUCUCACCUCUUUACUACUACUUGUCUUCUCACGCCUUCUUAAUUCUUAUUCCCAAUUCUUUCCCUAACCCUAAUUCUUCCUUGAUUCAAUUCUCAAAUUUUUCCCCUUUUUGUGUGGUUUCUUACUGCCAUCAUCAUCAUCGUCAUCUUCUCUACUCUCCCAAUUCGUCUUUGCUGAGCAAUCAAGUAUUGGAGCUUUGGGAUUUCUCUGUUCAUCAGUUAAUCUUGGAGUUAAGUAAUCUGUUGAGAGCGGUAAGAGUUUUUUAUAUGCCUAUAAAUGCUCUACAAUGGAAGACAAUGGUGGUGCUUAUUGUGAUGGUAUGAGGAAUACUGUGAGGAAGAAACGUAGCCUGACUUGUCGCCGUCCUCGCCCCGAGGGAUCAAAUCGUUUGACACCUUCAGAUAAUUUCAGCAAGAUCUCUAGUGAUGAUAUACCGGCAUUUGAUACUAACCCUAGAAGGAAAGAGUUUAGUCUUAGCCACUGUAUAUCACGGGCUGAAUCUAUAGCAGUCUCAGAGAUAGGAAACAAUGAUUCUCGGCGAAGAGAGAUCAUCAAUAGAAAUAAACGUUUGACUGAAGGUCUACUUGCACCUGCAAGCUGGAAAAACACUAGCCGGGAAGAGGAAGGUAACGAUGUGAUCAAUGGAAAGGGAACUGAGUCGGCUGAGUUAGAGGGAGAAACUAAGAGAAUGAAGCUUAAGAUCGGUGGUAUGAGUCGACUGGUUCAUGCUAAUGGUUCAUCUAGAAAGUCUUCAAAACCAGUUAAUGAUACUACUCGGCCUAACCUUGAUUUGCAGGAAAGUUCAGAAGAUUGUGAUUCCCCUCUAGAUAAGAAGGCUGAUCUUGAGGGAGUUACUUGGGAUGCUGAGAUAGAAGGAUCUAUGACGGGGAAGAGAAGACAAGGGGAACCAACUGGCUCGGUUCGCAAGAGCAAACGAGCCCCAAAGAAACGAGUUUUUGAUAGCGAUGAUGACAAUGAUGAUGAGAUCCGGUAUUUGGAAAAAUUGAAAUAUAAGAGAGUGUCUGUGUGUAAUGACGAUACUGAGUCAGGAAGGAGGCAAUUGAAGCCAUCUGGGAUUACAAAUGGAGAAAAUUCUGGCAAGAAAAACCCUACGCCUGAACAGGAGUCCGAAGACAUGGAUUGUGCGGAAGAACUUGAAGCGGUGUCUGAUGAAAAAGAGACUGGUAAUGAUAAUAAGAGGGAAUCAACUUUGACCAGUCGCCAGCGAGCCCUUGCUUCUGGCAGAUCAAGUGCCAUUGAUUUUUCAGAUGGAUUACCUCCUACAUCGAGAAGGAAAAAGGAGACUCUUUCAGAAAUGGAGCAGCAGUUGAAGAAGGCAGAAGCUGCUCAAAGACGAAAAGUUCAGAUUGAGAAGGCUGCAAGAGAGUCUGAGGCAGAGGCCAUAAAAAAAAUUCUAGGUCAAGAUUCGGGCAGGAAGAAGCGUGGAGACAAAAUAAAAAAAAGACUUGAUGAGUUGGCUCAGGAGAAAGCUGCACAAGAGGAGAAAGCCUCAACUUGCUACAUCAGAACAAUAAUGGGUCCUAAUGGAACCACUGUUUCAUUUCCUAUUGGCAAAGUGCCUAGCCUGUUCGAUCCCAAACCAUCAGGUUAUCCUCCUCCAAGGGAAAAUUGCGCAGGUCCAUCGUGCACCAAUCCUUACAAGUAUCGUGAUUCGAAGACUAAACUUCCUCUAUGCAGCCUCAAAUGCUACAAGGCGGUACAGGAACAGCAGAUAGCACCGGUUUAGAUAUUGAUUGAUUUUUUUUUUGAGCGAAAGGUGAAGAGCUUAGCUUCCUGAUUAUACUACAGAAGACAAUUUGUUUAGAUUUUACUUUGCUUUCAGACUUCUCUGAUCAUUUGGACUAGAUUAUGUUUUCCCCCAUUUGUGACGAGAUCGUGGCCGCCCAUUGGCUAUACCAAACCA